AUGUUCAUGUCAGGCUUGUUUCCUACAGGAGGAGCGACGGCUCCAGACAGAGCUGCUGUGAGCCGAGGUCGCUCUAGAUACCGGCACCGCUGCACAGUAUGCAGCCGGGAGUUCUGUCGCCCGUCCCGCCUGGCGGACCACGUGGCCGCGCACUCCGGAGACAAACCACACAGCUGCUCCGUGUGCGGGAAGCGCUUCAGCAAGAAGAUCAACGUGACGGUGCAUCAGCGCGUCCACACCGGAGAGAAGCCGUACGCCUGUCCGGUCUGCGGGGUCCGCUACGCCCAGCUGGGCUGCCUGCGGCGGCACCGGCUCGGACACGCCGCCGAGAAGCCGCACCAGUGCUCGGUGUGCGGGCGAGGCUUCGUCCAGCGGCGGCAUCUCGUCCAACACGAGCGGAUGCACACAGGCGAGAGGCCGUUCUCCUGUCCGCUGUGUCCCAAGCGCUUUGCCUCCCGGACCGGGCUCAGCGGGCACCAGAAGACCCACAAAGAGGAGAACCUGCGCUCCUGCUCGUUCUGUGAGAAGGUCUUCUCCACGCCGUCGUCCUUCAGGGAUCACGUGAGGCUCCACACGGGACUGAAGCCCCACCCCUGCUCGCUGUGCCUCAAGAGCUUCAACCGGCCGGGGCUGCUGAGGAAACACCUGCAGAGACACGCUGAGGAGGAAGAUGUGCUGGAAGCUGCCAAGAGGGGGGAAACUUCUCAUAGCUGCCUCCUGUGCCACAAGAGAUUCUCCACCGCGGAGAAGCUGCAGCUGCACCAGCACCUCCACCAGAGGGCGCUGCACUUCAGCUGCGACACCUGUGGCCGAGGUUUCACCAGAGCGUCCCGGCUGAGCGAGCACGUCAGGUCUCAUACCGGAGAGAAACCGUUUCAGUGCUCGGUCUGCAAGAAGCGAUUCUCCGUGCAGAGAGUGUUCAGGAAGCACCAGGAGAUCCACAGCAAAGAGGGAGGAGCCGCCACAGCCCCCGACGAGGGGCCCCCUGACGAGGGGCCCCCUGACGAGGGGCCGCCUGACGAGGGGCCCCCCGACGAGGGGCCGCCUGACGAGGGGCCCCCUGACGAGGGGGCCCCCCGACGAGGGGCCGCCUGA